AAGUAAUGGCCGUCUCCAAGACUCUUUUACCUCUGCUUCUUAUUUCUCUUUUGCUGUUACUUCACUUUGCUGACUCCUCCGAUCCAAUGGUGAUCAAGAACACUGUACAACAUUCGAUGACUGAUGAGGAAAUAGAUUGUGACGAAGCUUGUGGGGAGAGAUGCAAGUUAUCGUCGAGGCCGAACCUUUGCAAGCGAGCGUGUGGGACGUGCUGCAAUCGGUGCCAUUGUGUCCCUCCGGGAACCUCCGGCAACUAUGAUGUGUGCCCAUGCUACCGCGACAUGACCACCCACGGAGGAAGACACAAAUGCCCUUAAAUAACCCAUAUAAUCUGGUUUAAUUACCACUCAAAGUAAAAUUAUAUUGUAUGAUUUUGAAAGUAACUGAAUAAUAUUAAUUGCAGU